UGCAGAGGGGAAGAGGGGAGCGAGAGGGCAGCAGAGAGAGGGAUGUGAUGACUGAGCGGAGGGAAGGAGAGGAAGAGAGUUGAGAGGGCAGGAGAGGCUCGAAGGAGACGGACCGGGGGAGCCGUCUGGCAUGGAGAGGGGAGCGCAGAGACGGAGCUGGGCGCGCGGGGCGCUCCGGGGUCUUUCCAGCGGGCAGCGCUUUCUCUCCACCCUCCCUCUGCUGCUGCUGCUGUUGCUGCUUCUCUCCAGCAACGGUGACAUCUCCAAAGUGCAAGGACUGUCACCGCAGGGAGAGUUUGUCUGGCCGAGAUGGAUCUCAGGAGGACGGAACCGGCGGGAUGUUGGCGAGGCAGAAAAGACUCCAUUUCCUGCCCGUGGAGAGGUGGCGGUGACAGUGGAAGGCAAGGAUCUUCUUUUGGUGCUGGAAAGAAACCCUGUGCUGGGAGGCUCGGAGAAUGACAUCCAGCUCAGCUUUGCCUCUGACAAAUCGCUUCCUGAUACCGACUCUCGUGGUGAAUCAGGCAAAUGGUCCCAUCCUGCCUCCUCUGAGCGACUCUCUGUCUCCAAGCUCUGGGACUGCGAUGUCCGGAAUUGUGCCACAUCAUCCGACGUUACUCACAUCUCCUUAAUCUAUCUCACUCCUCCUUUCUUUCCCAGCAGGCUGCUGUCACCAGAUUAUACGGAGACCCAUUAUGCAAAGGGGGGGCAGCCCAUGACCGUCUCACCCAACCUCACGGAACACUGCUACUACCAUGGCCACGUCCGAGGGUACGAGGGCUCCUGGGUGGUCCUCAGUACCUGCUCUGGAAUCAGUGGCCUGAUCACGCUCAACCACAACGACAGCUACUACCUGAAACCCCCAGCGAGCCCGGACUCUGAGCCUCACGUCGUCUAUAGGGCAGAACACCUGCCGAUCAAAGGCGGGACCUGUGGGCACGGUGACCAGAUGCAAAGCAGCGUAGCCGAUAUCGCCCGGUCCUUCAAACCGCCUGCACACCAGCGGAAAAGGAGAGAUGCCUGGAGAACCCUGAAAUACAUGGAGCUCUUCAUUGUUGCAGACUACACCCUGUUUGUAUCUCAAAAGCAAAAUCUGGGGCACACCAAGCAACGGAUCUUGGAGAUCGCGAAUUACGUAGACAAGUUUUACAGGUCCCUGAAUAUCAAAGUGGCCCUGAUCGGCCUCGAGGUGUGGACCGAGAGAGACCAGUGCACCUUGAGCAGUGAUGCUCAUGCCUCACUCAUGUCCUUCCUGCAGUGGAAAAAGUCUCUGAAGGUUCGGAAGAAGCACGACAACGCCCAGCUGCUGACCGGGAUGACCUUUGUUGGAACGACCAUUGGGAUGGCGCCGCUGGAGGGCAUGUGCAGUGCGGAAAACUCUGGCGGGGUGAGCAUGGACCACUCGGAGCUGCCCAUUGGAGCCGCCGCCACCAUGGCCCACGAAAUCGGCCACAACUUCGGCAUGAGCCACGACCCCGAGGGAUGCUGUGUUGAGGCCACGGCAUCCCAGGGGGGCUGUGUCAUGGCUGCUGCUACGGGCCACCCCUUCCCAAAAGUCUUCAGCUCCUGCAGCCGGAGGCAACUGGAGAGCUACUUCCACCGAGGGGGAGGCAUGUGCCUUUUCAACAUGCCCAACACCAAGGACCUGGUUGUGGGCAAGAAAUGCGGCAACGGAUUCCUGGAGGACGGCGAGGAAUGCGACUGCGGAGAGGUGGAGGAAUGCACGAACCCUUGCUGCAACCCGCAAAACUGCACCCUGAAAGCUGGGACCGAGUGUGCUCACGGUGACUGCUGUGAGGGCUGCAAGCUCAAGACAGCUGGGACCAUGUGCCGAGAGCCGGCCGGAUCCUGCGACCUGCCCGAAUACUGCACGGGGGCUUCCCCCUAUUGCCCCAGCAACGUCUACCUCCUGGAUGGCUCAAUGUGCUCCUACGGGGAGGCUUACUGCAACAACGGCAUGUGCUUGACCCACCAACAGCAGUGCAUCCAGCUGUGGGGUCCAGGUGCCUGGCCGGCUCCCGACGCUUGCUUCCGGGACGUCAACCGGGCGGGCGACAUGUACGGCAACUGCGGCAAGGACCGCCACGGCAACUACGUCAAGUGUGCGUGGAGAGAUGCCAAGUGCGGUAAGAUCCAGUGCCAGAGCUCAGCUGCCAAGCCCAAAGGGACCAACACCGUUUCCAUGGACACCACCAUUCGCUUUAACGGGCAGGAGAUCAAGUGUCGGGGGGCGUUGGUUUACGCCACCAAGGAUGACGAGGGAGACAUGUCCGACCCGGGGCUGGUGAUGACGGGGACCAAGUGCGGAGAUGGAAUGGUUUGCAAGGACCAGCGCUGCCUCAAUGCCUCUUUCUAUGACCUGGACAAGUGCACCUCGAAAUGCCAUGGCCAUGGGGUCUGCAACAGCAACCGGAACUGCCACUGUGACGCAGGGUGGGCUCCUCCGUUCUGCGAGAAGGCGGGUCUGGGAGGCAGCGUUGACAGUGGCCCCGUGCAACACGAUAAUCACGAAGCCGUCCUGAUCGUCCUGCUGCUGUUUUUCUUCCUGUUCCUGCCGGCUUUGUCCCUCGGACUCUAUUGGUACUACCGGAGAGAAAGCUCAUUCCUCAACAAGUGGUUCAAAGGCUUAAGGAAGAGCCACGAGACCUACAGGAAUGGAGCUGUCAAUCGGAAGGCAAAUCAGGGACACUCGAACUCAGCCUUCACUUUGCAGGACAUUUCCUCCUCUCCUUCCUUCUCCAAUAAAACUGCAGGCAGAAGUUCCAGCCAAGCAACAAAGGGUGUUUUCCCACCCAAACCAAACGCUCUCCAAGGCGCUUCUCACCCGGUCAACGUGGUCCGCCCUCUCCGCCCUGCCCCUACCCCGGUUGCCCCUCUCCCGAAAGACCUCAAGCCUUCCAGGCCGCCUCCGCUGCCUUUCAACAAAUCCCCCUCCGCGGCCGCUGGUGCAAAAUUCGGCGUGCAAAACAAACUCCCUCCGCCAAAGAAGCCUCUUCCCACCAGCCCCGUCAGGACUGCGUUGGUCGAUCCAAAGCAGAGGCCGCCACGCCGGCCGCUCCCGGGGAACCCCCUCCUGGCUAAAGAACUGCCGCCAGCUCAGGGUCAGGCCUUGCUGGUCAUGGUGCCUCCAGCCAAUGCCAAGCGGGCAGGUCUCAGUGCCACGAGCCCCCUCUCCAGACCGCUGAAGCCAGUGCCACCUCAGAGACCAGUUCCAGGCCUGAAAGUCCAGACGGCGUCCUUCCCUUUUAAGAAAUGACAACUGUGGAAACGAGAGUCCCGGCUGACACUCGGCAGACUCCUCCGUCCUCAUUUGCACUAUUCCGGCCAAUGCGGGGAAUUUUUGCUACCAAAGACUGAUUUUUUUUUUUAAAAAGAGGAAAUAGGAACUGUUUUCAUCGAUAACGAAGAAGGGAGGGGGUGGAGGCUGGGCCCAGGAAAAAAUGGUACUUUUGUGUGACGGCUGGCUUUGGGGAUUUAGGACAAAAUAAGUCUUUCGGAAGUGAUUGGGGGAGAAGUUUCAUUUUGACGUGCUGACAGACCGCUGCCCAUCGAGGACUUAGCGACUGCCUACCUCUGGAAGCAGGUUUUUGCACUGAGCCUAGUUCUGAUCCGUGUCAAUUGCCCGUAAGCCGUGGACUGCUGUUAGCUACCUCUGUGUUUUGCACAACCUCACAGGAUGAUCUCUCUCACUGCUGGGAUCUGAGUCCUGGACAUCCCUUAUAGCGGGGGGUGUUACAAAGCUGUGGUGGGACUGUUUUCUAAAAAUGUAUGGUGCCCUUGGGGCAAAGCAGCUGGGGCUGAUGGGAGUUGUAGUCCGAAACAUCUGGGUGGGGGCACCAGGUUGGGAAAGGCUGGUGAA